AUGCCACAUUCUCCAUCGAAGAAGACAUUCCCGAUUUUUAAACCAUCGGAAGCAUCGGCGAUGAGUGCUAACACACCGCUGAAACGUUCGCGCACAGAUAUCGAAUCGGAUAAUGAAGACAAGUCAAUGAUGGAAUUUCUGGAAAAAAUUAAUCAAAACACAAUCGAAACAAACAAAAAUACGAUGGAAACAAAGGAAGAGGUUCGGAAAAUGGGUGUCAAAUUUGAUGCUAUCAAUGAAAAGAUGGAAGCCAUUGACAUUAAAGUAAACAAAGUGGAUGAUGAAGUGAAAAUUCUUCGUAAUGAAAUGGAGCAAAACAAACUGUUGAACUUUAUGGAUAUUACUGGAGUGGACAAACUAGAAGUUGAAAAAUAUAAAAACAAUUUAAAAGCAUUAGCAAUCGGAAUUUUCACAUCAUUUAACAUAAGCGUCGACUCCGAAUCAAUGGAAAGAGUUUAUACAAAACUGAUAAAAGGAGGAUCUUCGGUUGUGGUAGUGGUGGUUUUUAAAAGCUUCAGCGACAAAUUGAAUAGUAUGAAGAUGAAGCGUGAGUCGAAAAUUAAAAACAAUAUUUUUUUUGACCAUUCGAUGACUGGCGAGACUAGAAAACUCUUCAUGAGCGCUAAAAAGAUUGCGAAAACGACUGGAGGAAAAAUCUUCAUGCUCAGCGGAAAAAUAUUCUUCUCGAACGGUAGUGGAAACAAAAUGCAUUUAAGAAUAGAUUCAGAUCUGUCAAAAAUUAAAAGUCAAAAUUCUGAAUAG